UAAAGACCGUCGGCAGUUCUUCGCCGCCAUCCCCUUGACACCCAUCCUCAUUCCCGUACAUCAGCCCCCGCCCACAACCCACAGCAAUGCGUCUCGCGGCCACCUCCACCCUCGCCCUAUGGGCCCUCGGCAGCACCUCCACCGUCCUGGCACAGAUCCCCGUAGCAAGCCCCGCCGUCUCAGUCCCCCCGGUCGGCCUCCCGGCACCCACCCCAGCCCCCGCUCCGAUUUCGCCAGCAACAGGAGGCAGCGUAACAACCCCCUUCGCCGCCGGCCCCGUCGCAACAGUGACCCGCCCAGCGACGAUCGCCAACCCUUCCACAGUACCCGCUGCACCUGCCGGUGCGACCUGCGGAUCUAACGCCUGGACCUACGUCAACUCCACCGCCGGCCUCCGCUCUGCCAUCCCUGCCGGCUGCACGACCUUCCUCGGCUCCCUCUCUCUCUCCGGCGCGGGCAUCACCGACCUCUCCGCCCUCUCCACCAUCCAGAGCAUCCAGCUCUCUGUCGACAUCGCCUCCACGGGCCUGACCGACCUCACCGGCCUCACCGGCCUCAAAACCAUCGGCGAGAACUUCUUCGUCCACGACAACCCCAACCUCAUCAACGUCGGCGGCGUCUCCUCCCUCACUACAGUCGGCGGCGGUAUCCUGAUCUACCAGAACCCCAAACUCGUCUCCGUCUCCGGCCUCGCAUCCCUGAAAGGCAUCAACCCGGACCGCAGCCCUAAAUACCAGUUCGGAAUCUCCAUCUACGGAAACCCGCUCCUCGCCUCCCUGGAUGGCCUGCAAUCCCUCUCGUCGGUGGGCAACUACCUUGACCUGCACAACAAUACCCGCAUGACAUCAAUCAAAUCCCUCCCGACAUCCGGCUCCUUCCCUGUGCCUUUUCUCCGCGUCUCCGCCCUGCCCGCACUGGACUCCCUCGCCCCGUUGUCCGUCUACACGUCCACGGCGAACGGAUCUGCGGUCGACAUCUCCAUGAACGACCAGAUCACCACUUUGGCUGGAUUAGCGGGGUUCACGAAGAUCUCCAACCUCACCAUCGCGCACAACGCUAUGCUUGCGGAUGUGACCGCCUUGGGUAACUCUACCAUCACCGGCCCUGUGUUGGUUGAUGAUAACACCAAGCUUUGCGAUCUAUCUGCGAUCAAGGCGACGGCCGGUGUCAAAGCCACGUGCGGUCAGAAGCAGCAGGUUACUGGGAGCGGUCAGGGGUCGGCUGGUGGCAACAACGCGUUGGCCCAGAAUGCCGCGACUUCCCUCUCGGGUCUCCCGGUGGCGGUCGCUGCUGUUUUGGGCGCUGCGGCGGCUAUUUUGCCGUUCUGAGGAGAAUUGUACAUGUCACGUUUUUUCAAGUGACAGCCGACUGUGCUGUCGCCCUCAACCACCCAUACACAAUAAACCAUAAAGAUUAGAGAUAUACUCCGAUUGACGGCUUCUUACGCCGGUAUAAUCAUGUAAAUAGAAGAUAAUGCUAGACAUUUCACCUUAGAGCAACAUGAAACCACUUCUCAGUUCCAUCGUAUUUGAUACGCACAAUACAGCACAUUAGAACAAUCAGCAGAAUUUUCCCGCGAAGAGU